UACAACUGAAAAUGAAAAUAGAAUAAUUAAAGCAGGAAUUUUCUACUAAGAUGACAUAUUCUUGAAACUGCAGGUUUUUACACACUAAAGGGCCUCAUGUCAAACGUAGAGGAUAACAAAGAACAACGACAAAUGGAUGUCAAUGCAUCUAAUGAGUCGAGUAACAUGCCGUCAUCCCAGAAGCAGGAUGAAGCUAUAAAGAAAAAAUAUGGAGGAAUGAUGCCCAAAAAGCCACCUCUCAUAUCUAAGGACCAUGAGCGCGCUUACUUUGAUUCCGCUGAUUGGGCACUUGGAAAGCAAGGUGGCGAGAAGCCUAAGGGACCACUUGAAGCACUUAGACCUAAACUACAGCCAACACAACAACAAACACGCUACCGGAAAUCUCCCUAUGCUCGUGAAGGAGAAGAAGGGGGAAGCGUUCCACCAGAGGAUUCUCCAUCUAACGAGUAAAAGCAGCAAAUCAGUCUUUUCAUGAUGUGCUGACAAUCAUUGUUCUGAUACCUGUGUAGGUAUGACCUUUCGUUGUUUUUCAACAAUAAAGGAAAGUUGAAUUUGUGA